AUGGCGGACGAUCUACCCACGGACUAUGAUGUUAUUGUGCUUGGAACAGGGUUAAGUGAAAGUAUCUUGGCUGCUGCUUUUGCCAGGAUUGGCUUGAAAGUUCUUCAUUUAGAUAGAUAUGAAUACUACAGUGGCGAUUGGGCUUCAUUCACUUUUGAUUGCCUCCAGAAGUGGAUAGAAAAUGUCCACAGUACUCAUGAGUCAGCAGUCAGGGAUGACUCGGACCUGCUGAAAGAUGGUGAAUCGUUUAUUGGACUUGAGCCAUAUUCCAAUACAAUCACUAAUGUGGAACAGUCAUGGUUUAUCAGAGAGAGCUUGCCUGUUGAACUGGACACCGAAGCCCCUGGCUCUGUCCAAGAUGAUGGAACUACUGACAGUGGAUCUGGCGUUGGUACAGAGGGCAGUCCUGAGGAGAAGCCCGCUGAUAAAGAAAAAGGUGUUGCAGUGGGUGAUGUCUCCCCUCUGCCUGCUCCAGAGGCAAAGGAUGUCAUCAGUGAAGUUGUGUCCAAAGAAUGGACAGCAGAGAAGAUCAGAGGUUCCUCGAGAAAGUUCAAUAUUGACUUGUCUCCAAAGCUACUCUAUUGCCGGGGCUCGCUUGUGGAGUUGUUAAUUUCUUCCGACAUUGCCAAAUAUUGUGAAUUCAAAGUGAUAUCGAGGGUGCUAACGUGGAUGAACGAGAAACUUGAACCGGUUCCCUGUUCAAGAGCGGAUGUGUUUGCAACGAAGGCUGUCUCCAUGAUUGAAAAAAGGGUGCUGAUGAAAUAUCUUCAGUUCAGUUUGGACUAUGAAAGCCACCCAGGAGAGUACCAGGGUUUUGAAGAUCGGCCAUUUAGUGAGUUCCUUAAGUCGAGGAAGAUGUCUGCUAACGUUCAACAUUAUGUUAUACAUGCCAUUGCCAUGGUUUCAGAAGACACACCCACUUUGGAGGCCCUAAAAGCGACGCACAAAUUCCUGAUGUCUCUCGGGCGCUAUGGUAACACUGCAUUCCUUUGGCCAAUGUAUGGUAGCGGUGAGCUACCCCAGAGUUUUUGCCGAAUGUGCGCUGUGUUUGGCGGCGUGUAUUACUUGAGGAGACCAAUAGAACAACUCGUCAUCAAUGAGGACAAGAAGGCUGUUGGCGUUGUUUCGGCUGGCCGGCGAUUGAAUGCCAACUACGUGGUGAUGGAUGCAAGCUUUGCCAGUAGUCAGUUGGCGCCUGGUAUUACGUCAAGCAGGUGUGUGUCAAGGGCCAUAUACCUCACCAACAAGAGUAUUCUAGAUUGUGGUAAAGAUGAGCUGACCCUUCUUCGACUUCCAUCGACCCCUGAUAGUCCAGAGCCCAUCACUGUGAUAGAACUCACUCAGUCUGCCUGUGCUUGCCCUGAUAACAUGCUACUGGUACACAUGACAUGCAUCGGCAGUGGGGACCCCAAGAAAGAUUUCAAACGGGCAGAAGACAAGCUGUUCAAGCCAACUGACUCCAGCGACGAGGAUGACGAGAGGCCAAAAGUCCUGUGGUCGUUGUACUUCAGUCGACAAGAUUCCACCCACUGUGACUUGAGCACGGGCGAUGUCAGUAAUGUGUUUAUCACGACCAGUCCUGAUGAGACUCUGCAUUUUGAAAAGGCAGUAACACAGACCAAGCCAAUCUUUGACAAGAUAUGCCCAGAUGAGGAGUUCCUGCCAAAAGCCCCAAACCCGGAAGACAUCAUAUUCGAGGGAGGCGAAGGGCAGGCGCAAGAUGCUGGGUUUGGUGCCCAGGGAGAUGCAGCUGUUGAUGACAAGAAAGAGGGAGGGGCUCCUGAAGGGGUAACAAAGGAUGCGGUUGUUGAUGGUGAGACGGAACUUGAUGAUAGUCAACCAGUAGACUCCGUGGCUGAUACAGCAGUUGCUGAAGCUGAGUCGGGCAUUCUCGUGGAAAGUAAUACUGAAAUCGAUGAUUCAGUUACUGUGGAGACUGAUGAACUGAAAUAGAUACUAGAAAUAACUCUCCUCUGUGUUUCCGCUUUGUUGGUCAGUGAUACUUUUCUUCAUCAAUAAUAGUAAUUAUGAGACUUAGAAAGCGCUGAAUCCCACUGGUUUCAGUUGCUCAAAGCACUUCACAUUAUUUACUGACAUUUGGAACAUUACUAGCCGGCUCCUUAUAAAAACUUUUGACCCUACAUGUACGGUCCCUCUGCUGUGUGCUAUUACUAAUGUGUUUCACUGCAGUUCCUAACUUGUGCCAUGUUGGCCCAAGUGUCUCUGCUAUAGGAGAAAUAACCUUCACAAAAAAUACUUAUUCUGCGUCUUUAGAGACAGGAACAAUAUUGUAGUGGUCUCCGAUCGAAAGCUUUUGACUUCAUGUUCCCUUAUAAGGGUGUCAUUACCAAUGUGUAAUACUGCAGUGUAUGACAUAGUGCCCUGUUGGUCAAGAGUCACUGCUACAGGAGAAAUAACCUUAGCAAAAUCUUGUUAUUCUUUAUAGCUUGUGGUGUAUCUUCUGUUGGUUUUAAAGCUUGGUAGUAGCGACCAUCACUAGGUAGCCAUGUGGUGAUUCAUAAUCUUCCGUGGACGCCUUGCUAGAAAUAAAAAAUUGUUUUGCUGGAAUCCUUGGUCGAACGGAUUCUGGAGGGUCAAAAGGCACUGGUUUCAAUGUCUUUUUGUCUCAAUAAUGCCGGCCACAAAGGAUUUUGGUUAGCCUACUUCAGCCCUAAAACAAGAAUACUACAGUAUAUGAAUCACCACACUGGGUGAACUGAUAGGCUUUUCUUGCUGUUCAUGUAAAUCAUAUGUGGAAAAUGUAAUUAUUGCAGAUGUUGUUAAUUGCCAUAGGCUUAGAGCCUACCCAAGUCUUUCAUUUGAUGCUAAUCUGUCUGUAUUAGAAAUGGUAUGUGCUACUGUGAUUAUUAAAGAUAUGUGUAUUUAUUCAAGAGUAAUUAUUUUGUUGGGAAUUAUGCAAUAAAUAACCAAUAAUGAUAUA